AGGCACGGCUAAUCAGUCACUAGCUCGCGAGGCCCCAGUGCUGCCAGCCCAGGGCUCUGCCCCGGAGCCAGGGCAGGGCCGGUUCCCCUCGGCCUUGGUGGGGACGGGGCAGCACCGAUCGGGCCCGAUCCAGCCGCGGGGAGGAGUCGGGAGCCGGAUCGGGCCCGGGGCUGAGUCAGCGGCGGCCCAGCCCUUCGCCUCCGCCUCCCGCCCCGUCCCCGCCGCCCGGAGCCACCAUGAGCUGCGCCGCGCUGCUGGGGCUGAGGGGCGCCGCUGCCCCCCGGCUUCUGCGGGCCGCAAGCAGCUGCCGCCGCUGGAGCAACCUGGGCGGCGGCGGCUCCUGCGAGCCCCAGGCGGGCGCGGUCGUGCGGGUGGGCUGCGCCGCGGGCUUCUGGGGAGACACGGCGGCCUCAGUUCCUCAGCUUCUCUAUGGAGGAAAACUGGAUUUUCUGGUUUUUGAUUAUCUUUCUGAAAUUACGAUGUCUCUGUUGACCGCUGCAAAAGCCAAAUCGCCAAAUUUGGGUUACACUCCUGAUUUUGUGUUGACUGCAAUGGGUCCCUAUAUUAAGGACAUUCACAGGAAAGGUGUUCGUGUCAUUAGUAAUGCUGGUGGAAUGAAUCCACUUGCGUGUGCUGCUGGUCUUCAAGAGGUGGCAAAGAAAGCUGAUGUUGAUUUGAAAAUAGCUGUUGUUGCUGGAGAUGAUCUGAUGGGCGAGAAAGACAACCUAAAAGGAGCUGGUAUCACAGAUAUGGAGAGCGGGAAGCCAUUUCCAGAGAAUAUUCACAGCAUGAAUGCAUAUCUUGGUAAACGGUUUCCACAGACUUGUAUGAAGACUACACCACUGCACAUUUUACUGUCUAGGAAAAUCUUCAAGUAUUCAAGGAAAGAUAGAGCAAGACCAAUAAGCAGGGCUCUUGACCUUGGAGCUGAUAUUGUUGUGACUGGUAGAUGUGUUGACAGUGGCAUUGUAUUAGGACCACUCAUUCAUUCUUUUGGCUGGAACAGGGAUGAGUUUGACUUAUUAGCAGCUGGAAGUCUUGCAGGCCAUCUCAUUGAAUGUGGUGCUCAGUGUACAGGUGGAAUAUUCACCGACUGGCAUACUAUUCCAGACUGGCAUAACAUGGGGUUUCCCAUUGUAGAAUGUUCUUCUGAUGGACAGUUUACUCUAUCCAAACCACCUGACACAGGAGGCCUAAUCUCUUUUGGCACAGUGGCUGAACAGUUGGUGUAUGAAAUUGGCAACCCUCAGCAUUAUCUCUUGCCAGAUGUCACAUGUGACUUUUCUCAAGUUUCCAUUACUGAAAUUACAGGUACUGAAGGUGGAGCAGUGAAAAUUCAUGGAGCAAAAGGAUCACCGCCUUCAACAUUUUAUAAGGUAAAUGCCACUUACCAGGAUGGUUUUAGAGCUACAGCUGUCUGCCCAGUGGUAGGGCCAAAGGCAGUGGAAAAGGGAAGACAAACUGCGGAAAGCAUUCUGAAAAGGACUCGCCUUAUUUUCAGUCAGUUUGGGUAUGAAGAUUACUGUGCAGUUAACAUACAGAUUUUAGGUUCUGAAGAUACAUAUGGACCCCAUGCUAAAAAGAAAGUAGAUGAUGGUCCACGGGAAGCUGUUAUCUGGCUUGCUGUACACCAUAAGCAGAAAAAGGCUGUGGAAAUCUUCUCCAGAGAGAUUGCACCAGCUGGAACUGGAAUGGCACCUGGUCUUACAGCAGUUGUUGGAGGACGUCCAAGAGUGUCUCCAGUUCUGAAACCAUUUUUCUUCCUUUAUCCCAAAAGAAAUGUCAAGAUCAACAUCUUUUUGAAUGGACAGCAUGUUGAAACAUUUCAGGAAGAUCUUACAUUUACGUCAGAUGCAGUUGUUUCACUUGAUUCACCAAAGACUGAUGAUGAGUUAAAAGAUCUGCCAUCUGGUCCACAUACAUAUCGUUUAGAAGAUCUUGCUUAUACUAGAAGUGGAGACAAAGGCAACUCUGCAAAUAUAGGUGUGAUAGCACGACAUCCCCUCUACUAUCCAUACCUAAAGAAAACUUUAACUGCUCAGGCUCUGGAGGAUUAUUUCCAGCAUCUUUUAGAGAGAGAACAACCUGAAGAGAAGUUAGUCACAAGAUCAGAGGUUAACAGCAUUAGCCUUUCAUGGCAUUUCUUUAAGGCUGGUAAAAUAAAUAGGCAUACGCCUGGAAGAUAUGAAUUGCCAGGAAUACACGGAUUAAACUUUGUUCUGAAAAAUUCCCUUGGUGGUGGUGGUAUUGCAUCCUUAAGAAGUGACCCACAGGGCAAGGCAUUUGGACAGAUGUUACUGGAUUUCCAGAUAAAAAAUGUUCCGGAUUUAAAGUCCUUAAUAGAAUAAUGAUUAUUGGGUUCAUCUGUUUUUAAAACUCUGAGUACAAACAAACAUGCUAAACAAAAACUAGCUUCUUGAGUCAAAUUCAAGAAACUUCAAACUAAAGUGGUGGUGACAGUUCUCUCUCUCAGGCUUAACUGUAAGGCACAGAAAAGUGAAUAUUUUGAGUAUUACCAGACAAGUAGCUUUGUCUGUGAGUAAUGGUAUUUCCUAUCUAGUUAAUAUAUUGGAUAAAGAGUUAAUUUAUUUCCUGAAAAUAUAAUAAAGCAAUAAAAUAAAAAUAACAAUUUUACAGUGAGAUAACCAGAUAACCACACACACACACUUGCAAAAUGAAAACUACCUUUCAAUCCAGUCCUCCUCUCCGUCCUUUUUUAGAACUCUUAAUAAUUAAGAGGAAUAAUAUUGUUGAACUCUAACUGCUCAAGUCCACCACCUUCAGUCUGCACUGUGAUCUUGCACAGUAUAUCUCUUAGGUAUGCAGAACAGUCAGAUAAUUUGGUGCUCGUCUAUUAAAAAAAAUCACCAUUUACCAACAACUGUCAAACUGUGGUAGCUGAGGUCAGUUUUUCCCUCUAACUAGGGCAGUAAAUAGCUGUAGUAACUCAAGCACCACUGUGUGGUGACUGAUGUUGAAUAUUGACUUUGAAUGAUGACCACUAUACUUCAGGGUAUUGUGCAAUCAGUGAGAGAAAGCUAAGUGUUUUCUAUCCCCAACUUCUCUCAUUGCUUAUAACCCUUAUUUAAACAGCACUGAAGUAAUUACAAAAUGGAGCUCUCAUCAUAUGGAUUAUUUUGAAGAAGAAAAAAUGCUAACAGCCAGAUUCGAUGCCCCACUGUCUCUUACGUGGUGCUACAAAAGGGAUGAAACUGGUCUUACCACCUCAGUUGGAGAUUCCCCUAGUGCACAGGAGUUCCCAAGAGGUGCUGAGUCAGUUUAGCUGUCCCUUGCACCACCCUUCUCUACAACCCUGGAGGGGGAGCAUGUUGGGGGCAGAAAAGUGGCAUGUCUGAUUUGCCCUGUAUUCUGAUUUGCCCUGUAUAUCCUCAGCUUCCCAAAAGUACACUGACCUAUUCUGCAUCAGAGCUGGUGCCAGAUGGUAAAUUAGAGAGCUGUAUCCAUCUCCCCAAAAAGAAACUCAGUCUAACAGAGCUUCAGGCCUGAUAAUUCUCUGUAUCUCCUACCACAGCAGAAAGAUAUGUAUGUUUGGGGGGUUUUAAAUCUCUUUGUGGACAAUGUUUAGGUACUUUUAUAUUCAGAAAUGUGUAUGUUCCUUUAUUUUCAGAAGAAUUUAUUAACUGUUUAGUGCUGAUAAAAUUGAGACUUUAAUUAUAGUGGUUACAGCUCUGAAUGAUGUAUAGGUGCUUUGUAAGCCUCAUCAGAAAUCUUUGGCAGUGCCUCUGAGCUCUAAUCUGUUCCAUCAUUGUUCUGCAUUUGCUAGCCUAUCAUUAGCAAGGAUUGUAACUGAAUUUUUCCAGUUUGCAUUGUGGUUUUGUCCACUUGAGGACUAUGUUGAGAACAUCAUGUGUGGAAUCUUGACCCUAUUAAAGUCAAUGACAAACUCGCAUGGAAUUUGAGGGGGCCAAAUUUUCACCCGUAUUCUUUUCGCUUUGACCUAAACAGAAUGUAAGAAGAUAAUAUACUAAUUACUGUGUCAACUAGUCAUAUAUAGUAUAUUUGUACAUCAUUAUUAAGUCUGGUUCUAAAGGCAAAUAUGGGAAAACCACGGCUUUGUCACAGAAAAAUAUGGAAAAUUCAGAAUAUUGGGGGGGGAGGUACACAAUAUUUAAAUUGUUUACAUUUCUUUUCCAUUAGAAAAGUUAAACAGCUGCCAUCAAUAGUCUGAAACCAUAUUAAGACAGGAAAACAGAAAAACCCAACAAAUAGUCAAAUUUAUUAAUAACAAUAAUUAAUGGAAGAAAGUCUUGCUCAGUAGCAGACUCAGAUGAAAAAGGACCAUGGGCCAGACCCUCAACUGGUGUAAAUCAGUGCAACUCAGUAAAGUUCAAUAGUUAUGCUUAUUUACACCAUCUGGGGAUCUGGCCCCAUGAUGUUAUUAUAUUACCCUAAAAGUGACAUUUUUAGUCAUGGAAAUCACGGCUAUGCCAAACAUAUACAGCCUUAUUCACUGUGCUGUUUAAAUGAUUUUGUAUUUCUAUAUGCAAUUACUUUGAUAUUGAAAGUAAACUGGUAAAAAGGCUAGAUAUUUCAGUAAUUUAAAUAGUUUCUUUUAAUAUAUUUUACAAUUGCAAUUUAGUUUAGAAAUGUUUUAAUAUUGUUUUGGAUUCCUUUUACGUUUUCUGAGUUUGCGUGUUGGUUCAAUUCCUACUUUAGAUUGUAUCUCACCCAAUUCUUUAACCAAAUUAAACAUUCACUGUUGGUUAAUAUGAAAAUUGAAUGACUAAACAAUGAACACUUUAGACCCACUGGUAGUGGUGGCCUGUUGGCUGGGAGGUGCAGAGCAUUCACAACUGUACAACAGAGGCACAGUUUGUUGAAGAAUUAACCAUGCAGUGUUCAUGUUGAUGGAGUAGGGAAUGGAGAGGGGUUUCUCUGUCUCUGUUGGAGUUCAUACUCCUCUAGACACCACUAAACCAUCCCCAAUAGGGAUAACCUUGAACUAUGGGUGGAUUUUGUUUGUUUGCUUUUGCUUUUGCAACGCAUUAGAUUGUACCAAGUGGCAUUUAUUUUCAUAAUAUUUUCCUUAGGGAAUGUGUCAAAAUCCCUUAGACAAAUUGUCAUUUGCCUCUGAGCUCUCUAAUCUUACUGUUUCUUAUGACAGCUCUAAUUCUCAAAAUAAAAUAUGUAAUAUAUCCUAAAAUGUUGCACGGUCCCUAACAUUCAAAACAGAUGGUACAAUUUAUCAUAUAUUUAAAACUAAUAUUUUGAGAUAGUUUUGCCAUUUUUGUGACAAUUUAAUCUGCCCAUUAAACAAUGCACAGAAUGACUAUGUCCUGCAAUGACCAUCCAAAACAGGCUGGAAAACAGGCUGUGUUCUAGAGUUGGACUAGAGGUGAAAUGCCUUUUUAAAUUUUAAUUAUAAUGUAAUAGAUUAAACUAAUAUGUUUUUUCUUCACUAAAGUAUUUUCUUUCUAGAAAAAAAUGUGUAUUUCCAAGGGGUUAGUUUCUUAUGUUUACGUCUAACAGAAACCAUGGACAACUUCAAGUAAUAGAUAUAAACACACCUCUUUUUAUUUUACUGAAAAAUAGAAUAGAAAGGAGAAGUGUCGAAGUAUAUGGCUUUUUUUUUUCUCUUGUUUUGCUCCCCUAUUGGUUGAAAGGGAUUAGUCAUGCAGGAGCAAGAGUUAGAAAGAGCCUAAUAUAGGUGCUCAACCUGAGAUUUCCAUGCAGGACUUGAAAGUUUUGCUGCUUUUCAAAAAUAGCUGUAAUCAUCUAUUUACUAACAAAGAAAAAUGUUAUCAGUGUACAAGUUAAAGUUUAAAUAUAUAUUUUGUAAUAAUAAGCAGUUACAUUGCACCUUCUAUCCAAAGAUCUGAAACUUUAUGAGCAUUAAUAAAUGAAAUCUCCCAAUACUACA